AUGAACAAGGGGGAGGAAAAGAUCCAUGGACUUGAGACAACGAGACUGACAGUUUCCGUCUUCCAGGUUCGUUACGCUGCCCACGAGAUCGCCCCCGCGAAGUCGGCCCGCGCCCGCGGCGCCUACCUCCGUGUGUCCUUCAAGAACACUCGCGAGACCGCUCAGGCCAUCAACGGCUGGAAGCUCCAGCGCGCCGUCACCUUCCUCGAGAACGUCACCGAGAAGAAGGAGGCCGUCCCCUUCCGCCGCUACGCUGGCUCUAUCGGCCGCACCGCUCAGGGCAAGGCCUUCGGUGUCUCCAAGGCCCGCUGGCCCGUCAAGUCCGCCGAGUUCCUUCUCGGCCUCCUCAAGAACGCCGAGUCCAACGCCGAUGCCAAGGGUCUCGACACCGGCAACCUGGUUGUCAAGCACAUCCAAGUCAACCAGGCCCCCAAGCAACGGAGACGCACAUACCGUGCUCACGGUCGUAUCAACCCCUACAUGUCCAACCCCUGCCACAUCGAGCUCAUCCUUACCGAGGGUGAGGAGGUCGUCCAGAAGUCUGACGCCGUCGCUGGCCGUGAGGAGAUCCGCCUCAACUCCCGCCAGCGUGGUGCCCGCGUCCGCCAGGCCAUCACCGCCGCAUAA